AUGUUUCAGAGGCGGCGUGGUGACAAUGCGCGUAUAUGUACCUUCGGGUGGGAGAAUGCUAGUUCUAGCUCUCGAUUUAUGCUCAAGUUAACGACCAUCACAUCAGCCGGUCAGCACUCAGAGAGAACAUCAAAUAUGUCCAACGUAGAGCAGGUUGGGAGUUUUGUAUUUACUUUGAUUUGA